AUGGUGUAUAAACAGCUUUACAACGAGCCGCCUGACAACCAGACCGUGGAGACGCCUUUGCAAGUCCCCAACGAGGAGGACGUCCGCAAAAAGCGGAGCUUCUUCAACCGCUUUCAGCAGAUCCCGGCGCAUGAGGCGGCUGAUGCUGCAGAUCCCCGUCCAGUUCCUGAAACUUCGGGCACAGCUGUUGCAAGCGCAUGGGCUGCAUUCAAAAGUUCUUUGAUGGUGCAAGUUUAUGCAUACUUGAUGGGUGCAGCGCCCGCAGAUGACGUUGAGCCCUUGGAGUUUUGGGCGAAGUUUGGCAUGGCCCAGUAUCCGAUGUUGGUGGUGCCGGCCCGGUACUACCUCUCCAUUUUCGCGAGCCAGGCCACAGCAGAGCGGACUUUCAGCACGAGUGGAGCACGCCAGAGGCUGGGCAGCGGCAAUCUGUCGCCGGUGAUGCUUGCCAGGCUGACGCAAGCCCAUGUGAACUAUAGAAGUGUCAUGCAGUCUAAAGCACGUCGAGCACAACUCGAGCGCAGUGGUAGUAGCAGUGAUUUCAGCACGCCGCCGAAGCGCAAGGCAGCAGAGCUCGAGGAAGGAGAAGAUUCGGAGUGUUGA